UACCAAGAGACUGAAUUGCGAUCGAUCACAGAGCAGUCUGGGUUCACCACGUUUGUGUCAGUUGGAGGAAACUGAAUCGACAGUGAAAGGUGAAAUGGCACCUAGACCAAGUACUACGUUAUCUACUGUUACGGAAACAGUAUCACAAGAAAAGAAAAGUAUUAAAUCCGAAUAUCCACCUUUACAAAUUGUAUGGAGAAAUGUGGCAAUCUUCGCUUUCUUACACAUUGGUGCCGUAUACGGAGUAUAUUUAAGUUUAGUUUUUGUUAAAUGGCAAACAUGGCUUUUCUGCUGCUUUAUUGGAUUCCUUUCUGGUUUGGGGAUAACUGCUGGUGCUCAUCGUUUAUGGUGCCACAGAUCAUAUAAGGCAAAAUUGCCACUUAGAAUAUUUCUUUGCAUCUGUAACUGUAUUGCCACAGAAAAUGACAUAUAUGAAUGGUCACGAGAUCAUCGAGUCCAUCAUAAAUAUUCUGAAACGACUGCAGAUCCUCAUAAUGUAGAAAGAGGUUUCUUCUUUUCUCAUAUCGGAUGGCUUUUAGUUCGUAAACAUCCAGACGUUAUAGCAAAAGGAAAAACUAUUGAUUUAAGUGAUUUAAGAGAUGAUCCUGUAGUGAAAUUCCAAAGAAGGUACUAUCCACAAUUGGUGCUACUCUUCAAUUUAUUAAUACCAACAUUCGUACCUUAUUGGUUUUGGGGCGAAUCAGCGUAUUACUCCUUUUGGUUCACUUUUGUAGCGAGAUAUAUUGUGGCUCUUCAUAUGACCUGGUUAGUAAAUAGUGCAGCUCAUAUGUGGGGAAAUAAACCAUACGAUAAAUAUAUAUCGGCCAGAGAAAAUAACUUCGUAGCCAUAGGAGCGCUUGGAGAAGGAUUUCACAAUUAUCAUCACACAUUUCCAUGGGAUUACAGCACAAGCGAAUUAGGAUGGAGGUUUAAUUUAUCUACAAUGUUCAUAGAUACCAUGGCUUGGUUAGGAUUAGCUUAUGACCUUAAAACAGUUCCUCCAGAAAUGAUUAAACAAAGAGUUGAAAGAACAGGCGAAAAAUAUGAAUAAGCGAAAAUUUACAUAUUCAACUACCAGUCGGUUGCAAGAUAUAUUAACGGCUGUUAAACUUGCGAGAAUGAUUAAUUGAAGUGAUUUAUCAAUAAUUCCAUAUGAAUGAAAGUUCUAAGGAUCAUAUUUCCUAAUAAGUGUGAUAUUUUGUUCACAAGUUAAAUGUGCAUAUAAAAAUUUUAUCUAUACCGAAUUAAUGAUAAACACUAUCGCAAGUUUAUCAGACGUUCAUGCAACCGUUCUUAAAAUUUAUAUAGGAAAAAUAUAUUUGACAACUGCACACUGUUUAUUCAAUACGUUAAUGUUGUUAUAU